AUGUCUGAUAUGCCGCCGGCGGCAGCGUCUCUUGCGACAUCGCAGCAUCCUAGAGAAGGAGAGCGCGACAAGUUGAGAGGAGCGAGAAAAGAAAAAGGGACAAUGCAGGAAGACCAUGUAGAGCAAGGACAAGAAAAGAAAGGAGGGGAUGUUAAGGGCCAAGGAAGUCGCGCUGGUCGUAGUCAGGGGCAAGUUCGAGAGCAAGGGCGGGGUCGUGCGCGCGGUCAGUGGCAUGGGCCAGGAAGGGGCGGUGCUCAGACACCAGGAAAUUCUCGUGGUCGCCGCCGCGGACGGGGUCAUACGAAUGCAAACGUUCAGAUUGACAAACCCGACGACAAAGGCACUAUGAAGGAAGAUCCCAGCGAUGUAUUGUCUGCUCCGAAAUCCGACAGUCCAGCUAAGAAACAGACUGCGACGCCGAAAACUGCCCCCAAAAUGCGAAGAUUCGGCGCAAAGCUCACAAAUUCAUCGGAAACGCCACCAGCAGCGAUGUCUGGCACAUCCCGGCCGGUGUCUGUGCCUGAAUAUGCCGACCUACGUUCGCGGAUACUGGCAGAGCUUGCCAAUGACGAGUACGACUGUACUAUUUGCUACAAUGUCAUCAAGCGAAGGCAGCCAAUAUGGUCGUGCACUAGGUGCUACGCUGUGCUGCAUCUAACUUGUGUACGAACGUGGGCCGAGCGAAGUGUGUCACAAAUCCAAGAACAGAAUGCGAUGCACCAGGAUGCAGCCGUGCGAGAGACACCUGGUCAUUGGCGCUGUCCUGGGUGCCAAGACGUCAAGUAUGAGGUCCCUCUCGUUGUAAGCGUGGAUGUGUACGGCACGGGUGCCUUGCAGUCAAGUGCCACCCAGGGCCCUGUCCGCCCUGUGCUGCAACGGUCCAAGUCGCUUGUUUCUGUGGCAAGGAGCCACAUAUGCAAGUGCGCUGUUCACAAUUGCCACGAGCGGCUACGGAAGGAACAGAAGCAGACACCAUAUCUGAUCGCACAUUCAAUUCAAAUCAGUCCCACACAAGUACCGCUGGCAUUCUUUCCUGUGGACAGCUGUGUGGGAAGAGCCUGGCCUGUGGCCAUCAUACAUGCCCACAGCCUUGCCACCCCGGUGCAUGCCCGUCAUGCGCCAUUACACUUCAUGAAGUACCAUGCUUUUGUGGCCGCCACACACGUACGAUGCGGUGUGGUGAGCGAUUGCCUGAGGCGGCAGGACUGA